CGUGCGCAUCUCGCGCUGGCGAUUUCUGUUUUUGCUCAAACUUGAGACUUUCUCGGAACAAAUGGAAACAGUCAACGUGCUGUUUGUCUCCUCGGUGGACUCUGUGGACUAUAAACUGUCCAAAACGGAGAUCCUGAGAGGAUUCAUCGCAGAGAAACUGACAACAGCCGCGCAGGAAAUCUUCGCGGUUGUGGAGAGAACCGUAGCCGGGUACGAGGAGGAGGCUUCGGGUCUGAGGCAGGAGAUCGACCGGCAGAGGAGGCAGCUGGAGGCGGUGCUGCAGCCUCGGGUCUCUCUCUGUAGGAUAGAUGAACCUGAAGACGACGAGGCUGGAGGACGUGGACUCCCCGAGGAGGAAGCACAGCAGACACAUGUGGAGGACUCGGGGAGACGGGACACCUCAGGCUACUCUGAAGAAGAGGAGGAUAUAGAUGAGGGGGAGGAGUCUCCUGAGGAGCCAGUACAGAGCACCAGUCUAGAUAAGGAGGGUCUGUGGGACCCGGGUCAGCAGAUCACAAAUACAAGAGGUCAGUCUGUGAAGAGGAAGUGCAGGAGGCGGAGUCAUCUAAACCUCAGAGUCUGUCUCUUGGAGGACUCCCAGACCAGUGUGCUCACAAAAGGCGUGUUAAAGCGCCCGGUGCAGGAACUGAGGUGUCCUCGAGCCCUGCAGGAGCCCGACUUCCUUGACCUGCUGAAGUCCACCUUCCCUCAACUGCCCGAACGGUUUGAUGUCUUUACCACCGACGCAACCAAGACACUGACGCCACUGAAACUAAAUACACUGACACCAGAGGAUAUCCAAAGGUCCAUUAAAUCCAGAAGGAAAGGAAGAUUUGCCCUUUAUAUCCGAGCACAGAGAAAAGACGAGGCCACCAAUGACACAAGAAAUGAUAAAAACAGGCCACUGGCAAGUCCUCUAGAAAAUGUGGAGAUCAACAAAACAGAUCUUCGAUCCAGCAACUCGGGACGGCAACAAGUGGAAACAGAGGAAGAUGGAGAGCAACUGGGAACAUCAGAUGACUUUAGUGCCCUUUCUUCUGCAGCUGAGAGCGAAGGGGACAAUGGAGAUGAUGAUGAUGAUGAUGAUGAGGUGGAGGAAGAUGACGGAGAUGACGACUGGAAACCAGACAAGAAUGACAAGGAGCUGAGGGGGAGCAACACUGAACUGAACCCAUCAAAGACAACAAGGAAGCGACAAGUCGAACAUUCAGGAGUCAUUACAAAGAAAAAGAAACAGGUGCAGUCGUCUCCGAAGGCGUCGACUGAUAAGAGUGACGCUCCUCUGUCCUGUAAAGUCUGCCAAGCUCUCCGUGGGUCAAUGAACAUGUUGAUCAAACACGCCUGGAGUCAUGUGGACGAUCCAGAAAGGCUCUGUGGAGUGUGUGGAGAACAUCCAGAGUCUGUAGAGGAGCUGAGGAGUCACCUUCAAAGUCACCAGAAAACACACCGCUGCAACGUCUGUGGAAAGUCUUUCCUCACUGCGGUUGGUCUGAAUGGUCAUGCUGCUGUACACACAGGAGAGAGACCAUACAAAUGUGAUAUCUGCCAUAAAGCAUUUACGAACAGUUUUACUUUGAGGACUCACCAGUGGAAGCAUGUGGAGGAUAAACCACACAAAUGUGAUGUCUGUCAUCAGUCUUUUGCUGUCAAAGAGCAGCUGAGGAUUCACAGCAGGACCCACACAGGUGAGAAGCCUUACAGCUGCGAUGUGUGCGGUAAAUCUGUCGGUAACCUUCGAUCUUUAUCCAGACACAAGCUGGGUCACAUUGGAGAAAAACGAUACAGCUGUCAGGUUUGUGGGAAGCGUUUUUUAACUCCUGGAGUAGUAAAGGAACAUGAGAAAAUUCAUACAGAGAGAGAAAAAACGUACCUCUGUGAUAUUUGCUGUAAAGCGUUCCCCACAGGAAGUGGGUUAAAAGUUCACCUGAAAUCACACAGCAAGGAGAAGAUCAUGUGCAGCGAAUGCGGUAAAGGAUUGUCAUCUCAAGGAGCUCUGAAGAGACACAUGAUAAUCCACACUGGAGAGAGACCGUACAAAUGCUCAGAGUGUGCACGAACUUUUAACAAAAAGAGUAUUCUCAUAGCCCAUCUGACAACCCAUUCAGGCAUCAAAGAGUUUGUCUGUGGGGUUUGUGGGAAAGCGUGCGCUCGCAGAGAACAUCUGACGGUCCACAUGAGGACCCACAACGGCGAGAAACCUUACCAGUGCACCGUCUGCGACAAAGCCUUCACUCAGAGCCACUGUCUGAAAACACAUAUGAAGAGCCACCAGGGGGAAGAACAGUCAGCAGUGGAUGAAGUGAAGUCCUGAAAGACUGACCAACAUAUCAAGCUCACUUCAUCUUGUGUUGCACUGAAAAGAUCCAAAACAUUAACAAGAUGCUGCUUUGUGACGACACUUUGUGGCACCCCUCUGCAGCAUAAAGUACUCUGUGAUGGAAGAAGAAUUAAUGGAGAGCUAUUGUAUUUGCGCUGUUACCAUGAACUUUCUGGACCAGAUGAGCUGUUUGUGUCUGGAUUAGUCGAUCUGGGGCCGAAUUACAGAAAGUUCCUAAAACCGGCAGAUCCUAUCCUAAAUGUUUGGUAACCAUGGUAAUAAGGGUUAGGAAGUGAUUUAGGAAAAAGGCCAUUACAGAUCAACAGUUCCUAGGUCAAUGUUCCUUUCCUAACUUUAGAUAAGAAAAGUGUAUUACAGAAGCAUCCUAACUUCGUAAAAUCUUAAAUAAACUCUCCUAACUUUACUUUUCCACCAGGUAGUGUUUGCUAACUCGUUUAAUCCACAUGGCUGCUCUUUAAUUGCUUUUACAAAAUGAACAAAAUGUCAAAAGGCGGAACCUAGUUGAUUCUACCGAUAUGUUUGGUGACAAAACAAUUGUUAGUAGAAAGGCUGUAGGUGAUGUAACGCUAGAUAAUGUCUCAUUAUUAUAAUGUAAAAGAUUGAUGUAACAAAAGGAUCCUAAUGCAAGUCUUUGAUGUUGAUGGUGGAAAUGCGGCGGUGACUGUGUCGACUAUUUAAGCCCACUCUCUGUCUUUAAUCUCCCGAGUUAAGUGUUAUGUGGAUUUGGAUUUCUCGACGGAGGUUACAAACACCUCUAAGUCAUCUGACUUGAAGUUCAAUGAUAGUUGUUGUUUCUGCUCUGUUUUCAGUUUAUGUUUCAUAAAAAAAAAACUACCAAAAAACAGCGAUUAAAAGCCGUUUACCUCAGCGAGAUGAGAAAAGUGGCAUCGGUUGCUAGGUAACAGACAUAAAAGUUGUUAACCGAUGUUGGAUUGAGUAUUUAGGAUUUCCUAACCUGAGAUAAGAUAGGAUGAAGUAAGACAAGAUAGGAUUCCUAAAGUUAGUUAGGAUUCUCUUCUGUAGUAUGAAAUUGAGAAAUAUCCUAUCUUAACUUAAGACUUAAGGUAGGAAGUUUCUGUAAUACGGCCCCUGGACUUUAAACAGAUUGCCAGCAUCCUAGUACAAAAUCAGAGUAAUGUCCAGUUGAGCCCAUGUGUGAAUAAAGCAGGUCAAUGUCCGGUAAAUUCACGCCAAGCCAGUGAGCCAAGUGGUCGUGUUGAUGACAUUACAUAGACUGUAGCUGUCCUCAUAAUUAUUUCUGCAUAUCUGUAAAUUGCUGUUCACUCUUAUGUUGAAAUUUUUAAUAUGUCCAAAUACAUGUAAUAUUGAUUUGAAGUCAAAACGGUUAUUAUUAUGGAUGAGUCAUCGUCUUCCUGCACGCUCCACCCAGACAUUACCCCUCGCCUAAACCACACGGACUAUUUCCCGGAGAAAAAAACUCCUGUUUUGCUGUGUAAAAGCACAAUUCCAGACAUCAUAUGGGAAAACUGAUGUUGGACGUUCAUAUUAAUAAAUGACUUUGUCACCCAA